AUGGGAGCCGGCCAGUCUCUCGACCAGCGGGGGACGUUGGCGGUAGGCGAGAAGGCGCGAGGCGGCGCGUACCGAGUCGUGAAGAUUCAGCGCGGAAGUCCUGCGGAAGCUGCGGGCCUGGAAAUCUUCUUUGACUUCAUCACGCAAAUCGACGACGUGCCUCUCACCUCUCCCACUGAGGAGACACUCCAGGCUUUCUUCGCGAAAGUGAAUCAGUCAAAUGACCCCGAGCCCGUCCAACUCGUUGUCUUCAACGCGCGCAUGCGCGGUUUCCGUACUGUUACACUUCGUCCGGCAGUUCUUUUGCCUCCGACGUCUCGCGCGCAUCGCUCGGCUGCUUCGUCUGUCUUUUCACUGGGUCUCUCCGUCUCCUUUUCGGAUGUGGGGAAUGUGAUGAGCGAGGGCGUGCGAGUUCUGAGUGUCGCGCCAAACUCCCCGGCAGCCCACGCAGGCCUCGUCGAAAGGGAGGACUGGAUCCUCGCCGACAGCCAGGGAGUCUUCCGAGACGUCGAAGAUCUCGUCGACAGCGUCUCCGCAGCUCUCAAUCGCCACCUGCAAAUCUUCGUCUUCAACGCCGCCACAGAAAGCAUUCGCGAAGUGCUCAUCGUCCCUAACAGCGACUGGGGAGGGGAAGGCAGUCUGGGGUGCGAACUCGGCAGUGGUUAUCUCCAUCGCCUGCCGUUCUCUCGGCGAGCGUUAACUGCGGACGCCGUCCCCACAGAGAAGAGCCCAAACGCUUCUCAGUUUCCGCUCUCGGCUGCCGACGGGGAGCCCACAGAGGCUGCGCGUGCUCGCGCCGUCCCUUCGGGCGCGACCGGUGAAUCUGAAGCCCCGGGGGCUCCGCGUGCUUCGCGCCCAACUAGCGAGACGGCGCCAGAUGGUGGAGGAGACAGUGUCUCUCCGGGCGAGGCGAACGGCUCGGAGGCAUGCGGGAGACACCUUGCGGGACGACCUGAGGGAGGGAGAGAAGACGCACAUGCGCUGCGUGCGAGCAACGGGCAAGGCAAUGUGGCAGAAGACAGAAACGAGAAAGAGGAAAUGUACAUUCUCGACAGCGACGGCGCUCCCGUUCUCCUGACGCCGAGUGCGAAUUUCCAGGAUGCGUACCCUCCCUACGCACAUGGAUUCGAUGAAGACGCGUGGGGGUUGAUCCCUUCGUUUCCGGAGGAUAGCGAGGACGACUCGACAGACGAGUUCGACAACAGGCCUAACUUCUCUUUUCAGCAAAGAGGCUAUUGUCUUUAUCCUGUCACAAAUUCCCCUCUCAAGGAGAGCUUUCCGCUCUGCAACGACAGAGAAGCCCGACUAGGAGACUUGGGAAGAGACAGUCAAGGUACCUCUCGUGUGGAAGAGGCGUCGCCAUAUUUCGCAUAUGAUUUUCCCUACGCCGCAGCGAUAGCUCGCCAUCCGUCAGCUGUCUUUACAGGUGAGAAGACAAGGACGAAGGGACUGGAAACGUAG